AUGGGGAAUCUCGUGCUCUUUGAUGAGAGAAAGCGCACAAUUUGGCAGUCUUUGAUCAUCCAACAGAUAGUUUGCUUCCAGGGCAGAAUUUGGUUUGCUUCCAGGGCAGAAUUUGGUUUGCUUCCAGGGCAGAAUUUGGUUUCUGGGCGGAAGCUUACAGCAACCGUUUCUUCAACCAAUCUCUCUUUUUCUUUUACUGUUCUUAAUGGAAGCCUGGUGACUUCUGUAGAUACCGACCCACCUCAGUAUUUUAUUGCUUCACAUACAUAUGAAGGUAGUUUUUCUUACUAUUUUGACGGUCGAACCUUUACUGCUCUACAAGACACAUCAGAAACCCAAUUCAUAAAGCUUGGGUCUGAUGGACAUUUAAGGGUAUACCAGUCGACUGCAUAUGAUUGGAAACAGUUAGAAGAGGUUUUGUAUUCACAUCUAGGGAACUGUGGGUACCCGAUGGUGUGUGGAAGAAAUAGCAUUUGUGUAAAUGAUCGGCGAUGUAAUUGUCCGGUAGAAGGAAACUUCUUCAGGCCAAUAAAUAGGAACCCAGAUCUCGGAUGUUCACAGCUAACAUCCAUUUCUUGCAACUCUUCACCAUAUCAUAGUCUUAUAGAGCUCAAGGAGACCACAUAUUUUGCAUUUGAGAUUAACUAUAAACCAAGCUCGAGCAUGUGGUUCGAGGGGGCAAAGUUAGAAGUUUGCAAAAUGGCCUGUCCGAGUAACUGUUCCUGUAAAGCUGUUGUUUGGUCUGGAACUCUAAGAAAAAACUGCUUAUUACUGAAUGAAGUCUUCUCUCUUAUGGACAACUGGAACGGGAGCGAUAAGGCGACGGUUUUUCUUAAGGUGCAGAAUACCACAAAGGCACAGUAUCAGUCACCAACUCUGAAAGUGAUAGUAGCAUCUACUCUUGCAGCUUUAGUGGGAAUAAUUUUAAGUAUUAGUACAUGGUUUGUUCUUUUCAAAAAGAGGACACUGUCCAACAAGGCUGGGGAUCUUCUGGAUCUAGCACCUAUCUUACCGGGAAUCCUAACUCGAUUCUCUUACCAUGAGUUGAAAAUAAUUACACAAGAUUUCAGCAGAAAGCUCGGGGAAGGAGGAUUUGGCUCUGUAUAUGAAGGAACACUGAGUAAUGGCACCAAAAUAGCUGUGAAACGUCUGGAUGGUCUAGGUCAAGUUAAGGAUUCAUUCUUAACAGAAGUAAAGAUAGUUGGUGGCAUUCACCAUGUCAAUUUGGUAAAACUCAUUGGCUUUUGCGCUGAAAAAGACCACCGGGUUCUGAUCUAUGAGUACAUGGUAAAUGGAUCAUUGGAUAGGUGGAUAUCUCAUGAAAAGCAAGAAAAUGGGCUUACAAGGCAAAGGAUAAUAGACGAUAUUGCCAAAGGGUUAGCUUAUCUUCAUGACGAAUGCAGCCAAAAGAUAAUUCAUUUGGACAUCAAACCACAAAACAUCCUUCUAGAUCAAAAUUUCAAUGCUAAGAUAUCUGAUUUUGGGUUGUCAAAACUGAUUGAGAAAGACACAAGCAAAGUUGUAACUAGGAUGAGAGGAACACCAGGGUAUUUAGCCCCUGAAUGGUUGUGGUCGGAAAUUACUGAGAAAGUUGAUGUGUAUGCCUUUGGAAUUGUGCUUUUGGAACUCUCAUGUGGGAGAAAGAAUGUCCAUCGGUCCCAAGCUGAUGAGGUUGUCCAUUUGCUAAGUGUUUUUAGGAGAAAAGCAGAAGAAGAACAGCACAUGGAUAUGGUUGACAAAAACAAUGAGGAUAUGCAGAUCAACAACCAGGCAGUGACAGAAUUGAUGAUCCUUGCUGCAUGGUGUGUACAAGAUGAUUUCACCAAGAGGCCCUCCAUGAAAUUGGUGGUUAAGGUACUCGAAGGUUUGGUUUCUGUUGAAACCAACAUAGAUUACGAUUUCACAAGCCUACCUGAGGUUGGGGCAGGCAACCAACAGAAGGAAGCCACUAUCAGUUUAGUGUUGCCUUCAGUAUUAUCUGGACCAAGGUAAACAAUAAGCUUAAGAUUUUAAGUCUUCGAAAGAACCAAUUUAUGGUUCGGCACAUGUCAACUAUUGCAAUAUUUCCAAUUCUAGCAUAUCUUUUUAUUGUGUAUGAGAUCAUAAUUCAUGAAAUGUAUUAUUCAGUAACUUCUGCACUAGAUUUUUGAGCUUCAUGUA